AUGGAAUUGAAAGUGAUCAGAAGUACGUGUUUAGUAAUAUUACUGCUAAUAAGUUUAAUAACUCAAACUGAGUCCAAAAAAAUAUUGUGUUUAUUGGGUGUUGGUACAGAAACUGCUUUAAAAUGGAACGAAGUGUUAAUAAAUGAAUUGGCGGCUAAAGGUCAUGAUUUAACUGUUGUUACACCUUCAAUAUGGGACUUGGAAUCGGAAACAAAUAUUGAUUUCAUUUAUUUAGAAAAUACACAACAAUUUCUUAGACAACGUUAUGAAAAUAAUAAUAAUAGUCAUAAUGCUUUGGAUCAAAGUAAUUGGAAAUUCAUAGUGAAUUGGUAUGAUCAACACAUGGCUAGAUGUCGUGGAAACUUGGAAUCUAGCGGUUUGUCAGAAGUUUUAAAGUUGGCCUUGCAAAGGAAACGCGUUUUUGAUUUGUUAAUUUAUGAUGUCACUUAUGGUCCCAAUUGUUUGUUGCAUAUAGCUUAUCUCUUUGGUGCUACACCAAUUGUUGGCAUAACAAGUUCCACCUUAACAGCUGAUAUUUUAAAUAUCAAUCAGCAUUCAGGUUUAAAUGCUGCAUUAGAUCCUUAUGUGUUAAGUGAUUUUGGUAAAAACAUGAAUUACUGGAAACGUUUGUAUAAUACGGCUCUAUUUGGUUUUGACUAUGCUUACCGCCAAUGGGUGGUAAGACCUGUUAUUGAAGGUCUUUGGUCUAAUAAUGUUAAAAAUAAUAAUGUUCCAAAAUCUUUAGACGAAUUAAUGCCUCGAUUUAAAGUUAUCUUAGCCAAUCAUCAUCCUGCUCUACACACUUUAACAGCACUAGCGGGAAAUAUCAUUGCUGUACCCGGCCUUCAUAUACAAAAUAAAAAAUCCAUCAAACCUUCUCCCGAUCUUUUAGAGUUUAUAGAAAUUUCAUUAACCGACUUAAUUUUAAUCGAUUUGGAUUUAAAUCAAUUGGGAGAAAGUAAUGUUUUGGCCAUAAUAAAGGUGAUUCGUAAAUUUCCAAAAUAUAAUUUUAUUUGGAAUACUGGAGAAAGUAAAAAGUUGUUAAAAAAUAAACCAAAUAAUGUAUUUAUUGCAAAUAACCUAAACAAUCUGGAAGUAAUGGAACUAGUUAAAGCUAAUUCUGAAAUUAAGAUUGUUUUAACAGUUCCAGAAAUAUUACGAAUUCAAGAGUGUUUAUAUCAGGGCAUACCAAUGAUCACGGUCGCUUUAAGUCCCGAACAAAGAUAUCUGGCCAAAAGAAUAGAAGAACAGGGUUUUGGUCUUAAUUUAGAAUUAAGUAAUUUAGUAAAUCUAGCUGGGAGUUUUGAAGAGAUCUUAACUAACAAAAAUUUCCUAAAAAAGGCUCAGCAAUUACAAGUGACUUUAAGAAACCCUCAAAAUCCUCCUCUAGAUACCGCUGUUUGGUGGGUGGAACAUUUAUUGCAAUAUCCUCAAGCCAAUGACUAUCUGAUCUCUACAAAUAAGAAUGAAGUGGGAUUUUUUGCUAGAAAUUCUUUUGAUAUUGUUUUUCUAUUCGAAAUCAUAAUUUUAAUUUGUAUUAUUAAUAUGAUUUUGGUUUGUAAACAAACUAUAGAAAAUUUUAAGCAAAUAUCCAAAACUAAGAGAAAAAGGGAGGAAAAGAAGGAGAAACAAGUUAAUAGGAUGAAAAAGGAAAAGAAAGUGAAAAAACAUAAAGCCUAGACAUCGAAGUUAUUAUAAAUAUGGCAGUAAAUUUGUUAAAAAACUAUUAAUUUGUUAAACUUUUUUAAGGAAAAAUUUUAAAUAAAUUUAUACUAAAAGAAAAAAAUUAACCA